UCAGUGCCAGCCGGCGAGGGUCGAACCCGAGUGGGGUCUGAGCGUGGUGUCUGCACUGGGAGGGCGGGCGAAGGGAGUGAACUGGCGACGGGCGGACCGGCUGCAUCAAGAUGUUCAGCUGGAUGGGGCGGCAGGCUGGCGGGCGCGAGCGCGCGGGCGGCGCGGACGCGGUGCAGACGGUGACUGGGGGCCUGCGCUCGCUCUACCUGCGCAAGGUGCUGCCGCUGGAGGAGGCGUACCGCUUCCACGAGUUCCACUCGCCAGCGCUGGAGGACGCCGACUUCGAAAACAAGCCCAUGAUCCUGCUGGUGGGCCAGUACAGCACGGGCAAGACCACCUUCAUCAGAUACCUACUGGAGCAAGAUUUCCCAGGCAUGAGGAUUGGCCCAGAGCCCACCACCGAUUCCUUCAUCGCUGUGAUGUAUGGGGACACUGAGGGCAGCACCCCAGGCAACGCUUUAGUCGUGGACCCCAAAAAGCCAUUUCGAAAGCUUAGUCGCUUUGGAAAUGCUUUCCUGAAUCGAUUUAUGUGCUCCCAGCUUCCCAAUCAGGUCCUCAAGAGCAUCAGCAUCAUUGACAGUCCUGGCAUCCUGUCUGGGGAGAAGCAGCGCAUCAGCCGAGGCUAUGACUUCUGCCAGGUCCUACAGUGGUUUGCAGAGCGGGUCGACAGGAUCAUCCUGCUGUUUGAUGCUCACAAACUGGACAUCUCAGACGAGUUCUCCGAGGCCAUCAAGGCCUUCCGGGGCCAAGAUGACAAGAUCCGCGUAGUACUGAACAAGGCCGACCAAGUGGACACGCAGCAGCUGAUGCGCGUCUACGGGGCCCUCAUGUGGUCUCUGGGCAAGGUCAUCAACACACCCGAGGUGCUUCGAGUCUAUAUUGGCUCUUUCUGGGCACAGCCCCUACAGAACACUGACAACCGCCGGCUCUUUGAGGCCGAGGCCCAAGACCUCUUCAGAGACAUCCAGAGCCUUCCACAGAAGGCGGCCGUGCGCAAACUCAAUGACCUCAUCAAGCGAGCUAGACUGGCCAAGGUACAUGCCUACAUCAUUAGCCACCUGAAGAAGGAGAUGCCGAGUGUAUUCGGAAAGGAAAACAAGAAGAGAGAGCUUAUCAGCAGAUUGCCAGAAAUCUACCUUCAGCUGCAGCGAGAAUACCAGAUUUCUGCUGGGGACUUCCCAGAAGUCAAGGCAAUGCAGGAACAGCUCGAGAACUACGACUUCACCAAAUUCCACUCACUGAAGCCCAAGCUGAUUGAGGCAGUGGACAACAUGCUGAGCAGCAAGAUCUCGUCCCUGAUGCAGCUCAUCAGCCAGGAGGAGAUGAGCACACCCACGCAGCUUGUGCAGGGCGGCGCCUUCGACGGCACCACCGAGGGCCCCUUCAACCAGGGCUACGGGGAGGGUGCCAAGGAGGGCGCCGAUGAGGAGGAGUGGGUGGUGGCCAAAGACAAGCCCGUCUACGACGAGCUCUUCUACACCCUGUCGCCUGUCAAUGGUAAGAUAUCAGGUGUCAAUGCCAAGAAGGAGAUGGUGACAUCCAAGCUACCCAACAGCGUCCUGGGCAAGAUCUGGAAGCUGGCGGACUGUGACUGUGAUGGCAUGCUGGACGAGGAAGAGUUCGCACUGGCCAAGCACCUGAUCAAGAUCAAGCUCGACGGCUACGAGCUGCCCAACAGCCUGCCCCCCCACCUCGUGCCCCCCUCCCACAGGAAGUCCCUACCGAAGGCCGACUGAGGGGUGGGCCGUUCACAGGGCAGGCAGUGGGUGGUAGGGAUUGGGUGCCUGGGCCUGAGGCCGGUGCCGCUACUGACUCACUGACCCUAGCCAAGGCACUGCCCUCUCUGUGCCUCAGUUUCCCCACCUGUGGAAUGAGAAGGGCACACACUGGACACUAGAUGAGGUUCUUUCACCUCUAAAAUUCCCUGAAUUUCUAUUAAAAUACUGGGGGGGGGGUGUGGAUAAGGAGAUUGAAGGGUUAAGAAAAAGAGAAAUUGACCAAGGAGUACUCAGAAGCCUGGAGAGACCCAGACGUGGAGGUGGGCUGUGCAGAGCCUGGCAGCCACAGAGUGAGCGGCGGGGCUCUUCUGGAACUGGACGAGCCUUCUGCACUGGACCGUGUGAUCGUGCACCUGCCUUGGCCCCUGUUUUUCCUUUAAAGGGUACCCAGAAGGAGCAGCGUUGGUUUUAUUUAUUUUGUUUCCUGCUGUAUUGAGAGUGGAAAACAACAGAGCACAGAGCGUUUCUGUUCUCUCCAGACCGUCUACCAAAGAGAAGACUACUUCCCCUGCAUUUGAAGGGAGAGUCCACUGUGCCUGUGUGUGCCCCUGUCCCUCCUGCAGGCUCGAGCAGCACCGGAGCCAGGCCCACAGGGAGCAUUUGUGACACCCAACACACCUCUGACCAGCCCACCCAGAGCUCUCCCAACCUGAACCCUUCCCAGCAAUUUUGCGUUUGGUUAGGAAUUUGGAAAUCCGAACCUUUAUUAGCCCCUGGCAAGAUUUCUAGUAUUCGAAUCAUGCUGACGUCCGAAGGUUCUUACUGGUCUGUCCAAUAAUUUGUAGCAAAGUCUAUUUAUCAUAUACAAACUGUAGUAAAGGAACAAGGUGGUUCUCUGCAGUCAUCUGUUAGUGUGGUGACAGGUCCCCACGGCCCACUUGUCAAUGGCAGGAUUUAAAUUCAGCAAAACCAUGUCUUGGUGCCUGCAGUGUGCUUGGCCUGGGGACACAAGGGGGAACAAGAGGUGAGCCUGCCCCAGGCUGUCAGGUAGAAAAGGUCAUUGUCUAGCUUUAGACACUAUUUUCAUUAAAAAAAAAAAUAGGCAUCUUUAUUAUGUCCAGUAUUUAUUUCUCACAGGAAAAGCCUUUAUACAAUAGGAUGGCAUCUUUCAUAUGAAACCUUUUCUUCAAAAGGCUGUGAGGUUCAUCCAAUGCACGCCCAUUGCAAGGCAGGACUCCGGGCUCAUGCUGAACGUGGGUUCCUGAGUGUUCUCUCUCUGAGUCCUGGUAUAAACCUCUCUGUUGCCCGCGCCCAACUGCCUGUCAGGGGCAGAAGGGUAAGGCUCACUACCACCCUCCCUCCUUCGUGGCCUGCAGCUUGGGUAUGCAUUUCGUUAUUUAUGCAAUUUAAAAAAAGGCACGAAAUUAUAAUGGCCACGUGGCAUGGGGCCCCGCCAGCACCAAAGUGAAGUGAAAUCAGAACAGUCCUGCCAGAACCUACCAGCAGCCACAUUUUUUUCUGAUGUUACCUGUGACAUUCGUGUCAGAAAUACUGACUUAAGAGAUCAUUUUUUCAUUUGGGGGAAGCAUUUAUCCAGAUGCCAACCCUCACACUCCCUAGUGUACUUUUUAAAUAUGGCAUUUUAAGAGAAGUAAAUCCAUAAUAUUAUUUUCAAUCUUAAUGAGCAGUUUUAAAUUCAUUAGAAACAUAGAGGUUUAUAAUGUCAGUACUCUCAUAUAUGCAGGUGGUUUGGUGGAUGCCUGAGGACUGCCCCAGGGUGUGCCCACAAAGAAGCCCACCAAAGACCAAAACAGAGAAGAGAGAAUUCAUUGGCCCAAAGGUUUAGAGAUGCCAAGGUUAGUGGAUUCUCCAUUCAGAAUUAUCCUGCUCCUGUAAUUCUUCUCCUUUGUCAUAUAUAUACAUAUGCACAUACAUAUACCACGUGAGUAUGUAUUUUUGAUACUUGUCAGCAUGUAUAUAUGCAGAUAUGGCCAAGUUUUGUCUAUGCAGAGACAUAUGGGAAAACUAUAUUAGAUGACCAGCAGACUGAGGCGUCUGCUUCCUACGGGAAAGAAAACUUCUCUUGGUGGCGUUGUGAUCCCUAGAUGCCCUCAGGUGGGACAAUGUCAGGCAGCUGCAUACUUUCCCUGCUGAGAAAGAAAAAAAAAUUACAUGCCCAUUUUUCUUAACAUCUCUUACAACAUGAAGUCAGUCAUCAUGAAGAGUUGAUUGGAAAGAAAAACACUGGAGAACUUUAGAGAUGGCUGCUAAGGUGAGGACCCGUAUCUUCCCAGGACCCGCACCAGGUUCCUGGAGUCUGUGUCCAGAACACGCAUUAUCCUGCCUCCUCAGGCAAAAGGGCUGGGGGACCGAAGAGCCCUCCAGAAUCGGUUGACCCACCACGUGGCCCUCCCCACACCACCCCAGUGUUCAAAGUACCCCCUCCCCGGAGUGUCUGCAGCAGGGCAGGAUGGUGGAGGUGGGUAAACUCUAGCACUGUGAAACUCCCUACACUCUCCACAGUUCUGAGGAAGAAAAUCUAAGAGUCUCGAAUCUCGUUUCACAAGAUACUGCAUAAGACAAACCUCUGCAACCUUGAGUUCAAGGGAAAAAACAAGUUCAGCCUGAUCCUCCCAAAGACAAAUUCCAAGUUGUAAGCCUGCUGAUGAGGCAGGCCCUCCUGAACCUCUCUGCAAAGAAACGUUGCACCAAGACCUAUCAAACACCUUGAAUUUCGUGGCAGCGUGGGAAAGCCCAACCAGCCCAGCAUCGUACGCUGACACCUUCCUGACAGCGUGCUGGGAGGACCAGGACUGGUUGCCCUUCAGUACGGAGGGCCGUUCAUUUAGUUGGCCCCCGUCUCCCCAGGGCUGGACUGGGUUCCCCUGGGAGCCCUUGUCACUAUUGCAACUAUCACAUCUUUGGAUUUGGAGGCGUGGCUCCCCCUGCAGGAUAGCAAGGCUUUGAGGAGUUGAAUUCUUGUGUGGCAAGGAACUGGGUGUGCAGGUGGGUCAGAGAGCACGUGAGGAGAAGCACGUGCCUCCUGCCCUCCCUUCCACCCCUGCCCUCAUUAUCAGCCCACAGGAGAGCCCCGGAGCACAGCCCUUUGUCACGUUCCCCUGAGAACCUGCCUGUCCACCUCACCAGGAACGUCUUGGACUGCAGUCUGUUGCCCAGGGUGGGGUCUCACCACCAGAGUCACGGGCUGACAGCCACCACUGGGACCUCCCCGCUGUGCACCAUUACACACCUUCGUUAUGCCCAGAGCAGUACCCCAGACAAGCUGUCUUGAAGAAAAGGAAAACAUUAACAGCAGCACCAUUUAUUUCCUCUGUGGAAUGUAGCAGAAAAAUAACCUUAGGACAGAUAACCACUGAGUUUAUCCAGGUAAACAUGGGCCUAAUUUCAGAGUGUAUCAGGUUACAUGUCAAUUAGCCAAUGCAGUUAAUACACAAUGCUUCUUUUUUUUUUUUGUAAUCUUGUUUCCAGGUUUCAAUAAAAAGACACAAUCUAUUGAUCAAUAAACUUACGAAAAAUUCA